ACCACUUGAAGAAGAAUCAGCUUGAAGCAGGAGCCCAAGGAUAUUCAGCAACUACAUUGGCGCCGUCUGUGGGAAACCAAACAAAAGUCAUCAUCAGAAGUUAAGAUGGUACACACACGAGCAACCCAACGUGAGAGUCCUCCCCGAGGCCAAGGAAGAGGCCAGCCCCCAAGUGUCAACCCCGUGUCACAGAAUGCACCGGUUGUAGCCCCCCAACAUCAGCAGACGGAGGGAGUUGGGGAACAUAAUCCACAAUAUCCCGACGCUGUAGCAAGCGACCCUGUGACCGCUCAACUCAAUGCCAUGCAACAACAAUUCGGGGUCUUCCAGCUAGUACUUGCUCAGCUGUUAGCCAGAGAUAACCCCGUUGACCCACUCAUUCACUUGUUGAACCCAGCCCCCCCCGUGGCUCCCCAACCAGUUCAACAGCCUGCUAACUCCCCGGUCCGCAGUGUCGCCCCGACCGCUUCUCAAGCACAGUCUCACAUACCACCCCAUCCACAAAACCCACCUCAAUCAGGUGCCUCAGAUGUCUCAAAGAGGCUAGAUAACCUAGAAAAGCUGUUAACCGAGAACAGAAAUCCACAACUGCAGAUUCCACCUAUAUCAACCUCUAUCCCCACUCCCCUCAAUACCAAAAUCACCCAAGAGCCAUAUCCACCCGGCUUCAGGAUGCCGCAGUUUGAAACGUAUGACGGCACUAAAGAUCUUGAUGACCAUUUACAUGCAUUUUUCUCCAUCAUGCAGGCCCAAAACGCCUCAGACGCACUUAUGUGCAAAAUGUUCCCUUCCACAUUGCGCGGCAAUGCCCUGACCUGGUACUACACCCUACGUCCGAACUCGAUUAAUGCGUAUGCCGAGCUAGCCACCUCCUUUGCCACCAAAUUCUCAAGCAGAAGGUUGAUCAAAAAGACGACACCCGAGCUCAUGCGCAUAACACAAAGAGAAGGCGAAUCUUUGAAGAACUACAUGAACAGGUUCAAUGACGCCAUGCUGGAGGUCAAUGCCUUCGAUGAAGCAGUGGGAGUAACUGCUGUGAUACAAGGCCUCAACCAUGAUCGGUUUCGAGAUAACUUGAUCAAGAACACCCCAACCACUUUUGACGAAGUCAACCAGAGAUCCCUCAAAUUCAUUAAGGCCGAGGAGCCCAACUCCAGCACCCCGCAAAUGCGGCCUGCGCUGCCCUCAUGGACCUCCUUCACAAUUCCGAGGUCGCAAAUUCUCAUGCAAAUUAAGAAUAAGAUGGAGAUGAGGAGACCAAACCCCAUACAAAGCCCAGCGGCAAGCAGAGACCACACCAGAUACUGUGACUUUCAUCAAGACCAUGGACAUACCACGGAAGAGUGCAAAAGUUUGAAGUCCGAGCUGGAAAGUUUGGCCCAGAAAGGGAUGUUGAAUGAGUACAUCCAGAACAGAGAUUUGCCAAAGUUUGUCAAAGAACAGGGACAAGCCCAGGGGUCCCGAGCACCAAAUAGCAGAGAUGGGGUAGGGUACCAACAAGCACCGCCACCUCUGCCACCCCCAUCUAGAGUCAUUCACAUGAUAACUGGUGGGCCCGAAGCAGGAGGCACAAGCUCCAAGCAGCAGAAGCUGUACGUGAGGGAGGUUAAACACCACAACACAGCUCAGAAAAGAAAGAUUGACGAGGAGGAUUGGAAAAAUCAGUCUGUGACAUUCACUUCGGCUGACUUCGAAGGGGUUGUCACGCCCCAUAACGACCCAUUAGUCACCUCGGUCAUCAUCAACAACUGUGAGGUCCAGCGAGCGCUCAUCGAUACCGGCAGUGCUCCAGAUAUAAUGUAUUACCAUUGCUUUGAGAGCCUCGGACUCGACCCGGCUCUCCUACAAAAGAACCUGGAGGUCUAUGUAGAUGACAUUGUUGUCAAAAGUUCUCGAGCAGAAGACCACUUGAUCGACCUAGCCGAGACGUUCAACAACCUUAGAAGGUGCAACAUGAAGUUGAACCCAGCAAAGUGCACCUUCGGCGUUGAAUCAGGCAAGUUUCUGGGUUUCAUGGUUUCCAGAAGGGGGAUAGAGGUCAACCCUGAGAAAAUAAAGGCAAUUGAGGAAAUGAAACCGCCGAGGUCAACCAAGGACGUGCAACGCCUGGCAGGGAGAGUAGCAGCACUGCACAGAUUUAUCUCCAAAUCAGCGGAUAAGUGUUUGCCUUUCUUUAAGGUCUUGAGAACUGCAGCUCAGAAGAAUGAAACGGGAAAACCCCAGAAGUUCAACUGGACGACGGAGUGCCAGGUGGCUUUUGACGAGCUCAAAGCCUACCUCGGUUCGCCUCCUCUGCUGACUAAGGCUCAGGAAGGUGAAAUCCUUUAUCUCUACCUCGGAAUAUUUGAUACUGCUGUCAGUUCUGUCUUGGUCAAGGAAACGGGGAAACAACAGCAACCAGUAUACUAUGCCAGUAAGGUGCUGCAGGGGGCUGAGCAGAGGUACUCGAUAGCAGAGAAGGCAGCCCUAACAGUUGUUGUUACUGCAAGGAAGUUGAGACCAUAUUUCCAAUCCCAUCCUAUUAUUGUGAUGACUGAUCAGCCUUUAAGACAAAUUUUGCAAAAACCAGAAUGCUCCGGGAGGCUCAUCAAAUGGGCAGUAGAGCUGGGAGAGUUUCAGAUAGCAUUCCAGCAGAGGUCGACAAUCCGAGCUCAAGCCUUGGCAGAUUUCGUGGUCGAAUGCACUUCUAAUCAGGUGGAGCCGAAUUCUGAGGCAGAAACAUGGACCCUGUAUGUCGAUGGAUCAUCUAAUAACAAGGGUUCAGGAGCUGGAGCAGUGUUAACUGGACCUGACGGCUUCCGGAGUGAACACGCUUUGAAGUUCAACUUCCAGGCCACAAACAACGUGGCCGAGUAUGAAGCCUUCCUCCUGGGACUACGUCUGGCGGCCGAGCUCAAAGUCAAACGCCUGCAGGUUUACAGUGACUCACAGCUGGUAGUUAACCAAAUCAAUUCUAUGUGCGAAGUCAUCGAUCCCAUCCUGGCGAGAUAUGUGGUCGCAGUCUCCGAGCUGAAAAACCGUUUCGAAAAAUUCCAACUUACCAAAAUUCCGAGAGCAGAAAAUGAGCAUGCGGAUUCCUUGUCGAAAUUGGCAUCUGAGAACUCUGGGGAAGCAAAGUCUGUGUACAUCGAGAUACUGAAUGAACCAAGCUUUCAGACGUCGGGGAUAAUGGAGAUUAGCACUGACCUAGGUGCUCCGAGUUGGACAGACCCCAUCCGGGAGUACCUCCUCAAUGGCACCGUCCCGGGGAACAAACAGGAAGAGAUGAAGUUACGAAGAAAAGCCUCUCGGUAUACCCUGGUUGGCGACAUCCUGUACAAGAGGUCCUACUCGUUACCACUCCUCAGAUGCCUGACACCAUAUGAAGCAGAGUAUGCACUAAGAGAAGUACACGAGGGGGUAUGCGGUAAUCACGUGGGAGCCCGGACUGUGGCACAUAAGGUACUCCGGCAAGGGUACUAUUGGCCUAACAUGCAAGAAGACGCAAAGAAGUUCGUGCAGAGGUGUCAGAAAUGCCAGUUCUUCGCCCAUCUCACCCAUCAGCCAGCCGAAGAACUCACCAGCCUGACUGCACCAUGGCCCUUUGCUCAAUGGGGAAUAGACCUUCUGGGCCCCUUCGUCAAAGCAGUAGGAGGAGCAACGCAUUUGGUGGUCGCUGUUGAUUACUUUACCAAAUGGAAGAUUGAUACUAUAAAGAGAGAGCAAGGAGAGGGCACUAGAACCCAGCGUUGGAGCAGCGCACACGAGCAAGUCGACGCGAAGAUUCUACUAUCUGGUGACGAGCAGAGGGCGGAGCAAGAGUUUUUGUGGUGGAUUAUGUACUUUUCGAUUACCUGCCAAGCACAAGUUAUGCAGAGCAUCUCUUCCAUAGCGCUGUCAGUUAUAGGGAAACAUGGAAUCCCAAAGCGUUCAAUUGAAGUCCACAUGACGGUAUGCGAACUAGAAGAGAAGGUAGGAGAGGGAAGUUCAUUAGGAAGUAGCCGUUCAGCCUUUAUACCAGACCAGAAAACACGCAAGGCUAAGUUCCGAGAUCACCGCACUUCGACUGUGGAACUCAGAGCUUGCCGCACCUCGGCAUUUUGCCGAGAGUGUAUGGCAGCCACAGUAGGCGCGUCCUCACCUGAUCAUUCAUUCUUACCGGAACACCCUCUCUCAAGGGACCUGCUCCGUCAGAAUGCACCACGCGCAUUUAAUGCAGUUACUCUGUUAAGGCACGUUACAUCCACCUAAAACGUCUACUCCGUCAGGCGCACUAUGUCACCAUU